AAUGACGUGGCAAACAUUUAGAUUGUAUUUACGGAACAUAACUAUAGUUUCAAUAAAUUACAGAACAUACAUUUUGGAUUCCGCAGCAAAUACACAUGCUGAUACAAUAUACAUUGAUACAACUCUUUCACACGUUAUCAGCUGACACAAUAUGUAAUGCAACUGAUACAGUUGAUACCCGCCUGAUAUAGUUCGUUUGCCUAAUACAAUAACUGUAGCUGCGAUUCAUAAUUACGCUCUAAACGAUAGCUAUUUGGCAUAGUGGGUUGGAAGAAGUAGUCCAAGUAGCUAUCAGUUAUUUUCUUGAAAACUCCUUGGUUGGCUUUUUUAAUGUUGUCUUCACCUUAAAGAUUAAAACCCCCUUAAAAAAAAGUUAAUAGAAGAUAGAAGGCCACUUUCAUCCAAGAAUUAUACAAAUAAAGAAUAUUUUUUUACAAGUAUUUAGUUCUCUCUAGAUAAACCUUUUCACCUAUAACACUCAAAGAAUUUGAUUGUUUUUUCUCCAAACAUGGUGUUGUUCUCUCCUAACCAAGAAGUAUCAACAAAUCCUUCUAAGAGAUGCAAAUUCUUCUCUACAACUCUCAAGGAUGCAUUUGCUAAUUGUCACAUUUUUAAGGAAAGACAUUCUAGUACUCAAAGUUUAGAGGAAGAGGAUGUCAUAGAUGAUUAUGAUGAUGAAGAGGAAGUGUUUGUGUCAAUAGUGAUAAGUAAAUACAUGGAAUCGAAAUGCAGAAAAAAGGCAGCUAUCUCAAGUGAAAAGUUCAACUGGACAUUAUCUACAACAGCAGGGGAUUUAUUCAUAUCUGAAAAGCUAAUGCAACAAAAAGAGGACAGUGCAGAUGAAGAAGAUAAGGAAGAGAGGGAGGAUUUCUUAUCUGUUGGGACUCGUCUUUCCAGGUGCUCAAGUGCUAUCAGCUAUGAGGCAUUUGCUACUGCUAAGACAACGUUUUCCAGGUCUUCAAGCUUGAACAGGAUUGAGUUUCAAGAUAUUCCGAGAAUUUCUGUUAUUAAGGAAUUCUCUCACUGUGAAGGAUGGCCAUUUGGUUUAAGCCGUAAAAUGUUGUUACUUCCUCCUUUGCCAAAAUCUCCAGCUGAUUCUUGGUCAUGGAGAAAGAGUGCUAGAAUGAUCAAUAUACACUAAUUUCUGGCAUUCAGAAGAAUCAGAAGGAAUUUUUUUCCAGAAAAGAAAGGAUGUUGAUUUUCGUUUUUCAUGUAUUCACU